GCGGCGCCCGCGAUCGACGCGCUCGGCGCUCGGCGGGGCCCCGCUGGGCCCAGCCCUGCGCGGCGGCGGCGCCCGCGAUCGACGCGCUCGGCGCUCGCCCUGCGCGGCUGCGGAGACGGGCGGCGCCAUGGCGGCGGAGCAGCGCUACCCGCGCAGCUCCAUCGAGGAUGACUUCAACUAUGGCAGCAACGUGGCCUCGGCCAGCGUCCACAUCCGCAUGGCAUUUCUGCGAAAGGUCUACAGCAUUCUUUCUAUUCAAGUUCUGUUGACCACAGUCACAUCUGCAAUUUUCCUAUAUUCUACUGGAGUGCAGGCAUUUGUUCAUGAGAGGCCUGCCUUGCUUUUGAUAUCUGGGUUUGGAUCUCUGGCUGUAAUCGUGGCACUGACUUUCUACAGUCGCCAUCACCCUGUUAAUCUAUACCUGCUGUUUGGAUUUACGCUACUGGAAGCACUGACAGUUGCCAUUGCAGUGAGUUUCUAUGAUGUCUCCAUCGUCUUGCAAGCCUUUAUUCUUACUACUGCUGUAUUUCUUGGUUUGACUGCAUAUACCUUACAGUCAAAGAGAGACUUCAGCAAAUUUGGAGCAGGCCUCUUCACUUGUUUGUGGAUUUUAAUCUUGUCGGGCAUCUUGAAGCUGUUCUUCUCUUGUGAGACGAUAGAGUUGGUGUUUGCUGCUGCUGGAGCUCUUCUGUUCUGUGGAUUUAUUAUUUAUGACACUCAUUUGCUGAUGCACAAAUUGUCCCCUGAAGAGUACAUAGUGGCUGCAAUCAAUCUCUACUUGGACAUCAUAAAUCUAUUCUUACACCUGCUGCGUUUUCUGGAGGCAUUUAAUAAAAAAUAGUCAAAGUGGUUAUGAUUUGACUACAGCACAAAUAAAGUUAAGCAUUUGGAUGAUCUGCAAACUCAGUAGUUCUGCCUUGUAAAGACUGAAUCUUUAUUAUGUCUGCAUUCCAUGAAUAUUGAUUCCUCCUUAGGGGGAAAAAUGGCUUUUUACAUAGCUACAGUUCUUCUCCAGACCAUGUAUUUUAUGUAGUUAACAUGCUGUCAUCAUUGCAGUCACUUUUUAAAUCAUUUAAUUUGUAGUGUAAUUAAUUAUUAACAUUUUGCCAGCUCCUGAUUGCUCCAGAGUAAGCUUCCCUGCUGUUCUCUAGCUGCUGAAAAUGUUUCCUUUGGGAUUGAUCAUUCAUUUAUGUAUCACAUAAGGGUAGCGUGAUUUUACCAUUGUGUAAUGUUUUACUAAGAUAAUUUUUAUGUUGUUGUUUUUGUUUGGUAAAAUGAAAUGCUGUCUCUGAUAGAGAUACUCUAUCCUUGUUAAGGGCUGUUGCUAGGGAAGCUGUGAGGGUGUUAAAACAAAGGGAAUGUUCUUGAUUUUAGUAUUAUUUAUUGCCUAUCUUCAGUGUUCUGAAAAAUCAUUUGGAGAUUGAUUAUAGCAUUUUAUCGACUUAUGUAUAAUAAAACUCACUGUGUGUCAAUAAAAAUUGGAAAGCCUGUUCUUGCAA